CAGGCGUUGGAGGCGAAGAAGCGAAGGAUCGAUGCGGCCAGCGAAGACGUGGCCAACCUAAAAGCCAUGUUCGAGGAUCUCAAGGCGCAGCACGCAGCUGAGCGCCCUGCUUUUGAGCAAGAACUGGCCGAGCUGAAAGAGCAAAACCGCCAAGUGCAGGCAGCGGCCUCCGCGAAGUGGGACGCCGCGCGGAAGGCGCAGGUCUCGCUCCGCCGAGCGGAGGAACAAGGGGAGCAACUGGCGGAGGAGUUCUUGGUCCGACAGCGGCAGUUGGAGCAGCAGAAUCUACGGCUGCGGAAAGCCCUCAGCGCGCUGAAGACGCGGCUCUUCGGCUGGAAGCAGACCAAGCGGCGCCUGGUGACGAGGUGUGAGCCUUCCGAGGAGCGGCCCAGCAUCAGUCCCGCUUCCCUUUGGUUGGAGUCAGCCGCGCUUGAGAGCUCGAACCGCAGCGCCGCCGGUCUAACGCCUCGGCCUGGCACGCCGAAGAGCCCCGCCGCGUCGCUCGGCGCAUCGCUCAGCCCGGCGUCGCGGGGCUCGCGGAGCCCCAUGCGCGCCAGUCGCGGGAACACCCCGCGCAGUGGGUCGAGGCGUCCAGAUGAUGAGCAUGCGCAGAUGCGUGAAUGUCUACGCAAUGCUGAGGAGCGUGCCCGACAGGCACAAGCAGAGUUGGCAGCUGCCCAGGCAAGGCUGACUGCCCUUGAGCAGAGGCAACGAAGCCUGGAACCGAAGGAGGAGCGCACGGGGUCCUCCGUUCCUUCCUCGCGCUUCUGCCUCGAGGCUGAGGCUGAGCCACUGGAGUCGACCGAGGAGCGCAGCUGCGAGUCGAAGCAGGAGAAGGGCACUGAGGUUGCUGGGGAGGCGCACCCAGAGUGGCGCGCUGAACCUGAGGAUCCAGGUGACCUGAAGCAUACGACUCCAACGUCGCCUGACGAGAAGAGCCAUGGCUUGAGCGAUACGUCGCCGUCUUCACCACCGGUGCCCUGGGCCGGCAGUGCCAGCACCAGCACACGCUCCUCCGAGUUCCGGUAAGACCGGAACCCACCCGACUGAGAUGUCUGGAACUCCUCCCUCGUCGAAGACGCUGUGGAGGAGGUCACUGACGCAAAAACGCGAAGAAUCUUGGAGGGAGGAGAGCUUUCCUUGGUUCGGUGGCAUGCCUUGUCUGUUCUG